AUGGAUUUUAAGAUUAUAUUUUGGAAAAUAAGAGGCAUGAACGACUUUGACAAACAAGUGGCUGUGAAGAAUUUGAUACUUUCGCAGAGGUGUGCAAUAUGUUUGAUUCAGGAGACGAAGAUGCAUAGUAUGACAGAUUGGUUCGUUCGUCAACUUUGGUACGACGAGAAUUUUGGAUGGGCUUAUGUUCCUUCUAAUGGAUAUAGUGGAGGCAUUUUAACUAUAUGGGAUAGUAGCAGGCUUGAGAAGCUGGACGAGAUAUUCGGAAUGAAUAACAUCACUUCAUUGUUUUCCACAAGAGCAAACAACUUUCAAUGGGAUAUUUAUAAUGUGUACAGCCCUUGUGAUUAUGAACCAAGAAGGGAUUUCUGGCAGAACAUGGCUGAAGUGAGGGAAUGGUGGACAAGUCCUAUAUGUAUCGCAGGAGACAUGAAUGCUAUUCAUUCCAAUGAGCAAAGGAAUCACGGAGAUGGAGACAGCCGUAAUACAGCGACGUUGAACUCUUAUAUUCUGGAUAACGAGUUAAUUGACCAACCUUUGAUAGGUGGGGCUUACACUUGGUCUAACAAUCAAGUCGACCCGCUGCUGUGUAGACUUGAUCGCUUUCUUUUCAGUCAUGAUUUCGAGGAGGCGUUCCCAAAUGCUUUACAAGUGGUGUUGACAAGAACAAUAUCAUACCAUAACCCAAUUUUGGUUAUUUCUGAACCAAUUUUGCCUUCCAAACCUUAUUUCAAGUUAGAUAGGUUGUGGUUAGAGCAUAAAGACCUUGCUCGGAAUGUUCAGAUGUGGUGGGGAAGGUUGUCGUAUACGGGCAGUGCAAGUACACGUUUUUUCCUCAAGUUACAGAACCUAAAACACCUUAUCAAGCCUUGGAGAAAGCAACACUAUGGUCACGUUUCUAGAGACAGGAAUGAUCUCACGGCUAGAAUUCACGAGUUCAACAUUUUGGAGGAGACUGUUAGACUUCAACAUAAUCAGGUGGAGGAAAGAACUCAAUAUAAAUUGAAGCUUAGGAAUAUAGAAGUAAUGGAGGCGAAGAAAUGGAAUUUGAGGUCGAAACAAAACAACUUUUUAGGUGGGGAGAUUCGAAUACUAGAUACUUUCAUAGUAUAG